UUUUUGCACCAUUUUUGUCAUGUCGUGUGCUGAGAACGUCUUCGUCUGAUGAAAUUGCGUGAUGACCAUUGAUCUUAUUUGAUCCUCUAUAUCGCGACAAGUGCGCAGGUUGGUUCUCAUUACAAUAGUUUUGAAACUUUAUACAUCAGCCCAGUUGGACGCAAGCACGAGAUCCCGAUAAAUAUUGAUCGCGUGCGCACCAACUUUUUUUCAUUGGAUCAAAACAAAAGGUUUGUGUACAGAGUAAUGCAAAUGCGCCACAGAAAUUUGUAAACCCCGUUGUCGUCUAGCUGUUCAAAGACGGAAUGGCCUCUUCCUACGGCAGUGCACCUUCUGUAAAUAUCUCGACUGGAAUGAAAGCAAAGCUUCAAAAAUGGAUGGGAAGGGCCAGUUCAAACGUUCGCGACAAGCGGUCCGCUAAUAGCAGAGAAACGUUAACGGAAACCAUGGAUUACUCGCACCCGCUUGAAAUAAAUAAUGGCGCACUCACUCCUCAACAUUCGCGGACACGAAGUGCGCCCAUUCCGAUGUUAAACGGCGGUAAAACUCUGGUGAAGAAGGUACGUAAGGGCUCCUUGGCUAACUCUCCCACCUACAACAAAAAAGUGAACGGCGACCGUGAGAACGAAAAGAUUAUUUCGUACCCAAAGAAUGGAAUUCCAAAGGAUUUAAGUCACAGUAUGGUGUUGUAUGAGUCAUCGAGCGAUCCCAGCAGUAGCUCACGAAAGCAGAACAACACAGAAUUGAGCCUUACAAAUCAAACUCACUGUGUUUCUGGAAGCAGGAAAGUUCGAGCGGCUAGCAGAGACGGAAAGAACAUGACGAGUACAAACGCUAAAGAAGUGAACAAGUUGCGUGCUCAAACAAAAGGCAACAGACCCGCUCGUGCGGUAUCGAAAACAUCUGAGGAAUACUCUGACGAGAGUGCAAACUCUGACAGCGAGAGACUUUCAACGAAUUCUGUUUUUGAAAACAGUCCCAGUGGUGGGUUGGAACAGCUAUCGGAACAAAUUCAGUCCCGGCUGCAGAAAUGGGUCGAGCGGGCAUCGUAUAUAGCCGCUAUGCGAGAAAGGAGGGCUAGCGAGGAAUCUGCAAGCUCUACCGAUGAAAGUCUCAAUCCACCGGAGAGUCCCAAUUCAAGGACUUCAGCAACAGACGCAAAAUCUUGGAAGAACGAGAGUCAGGUGAAGAAGAUAAAGGAGCUGGAACUUGCGCUGAAAGAAUUGGUGGGAAACAUUGGAGUUCGAUCGGGCAAGCAGGAUGGAACCCAAUCGCCCAGCUCUGGACGGGAAUCAAGGCAUGAUUCGCAACGAGAGAACGAGGAACUAAUUACAAACGACAGCCAGAAUUUAUUAAGCACGUUUUCUAAAGAUAUUGGCAAGUCUGACUUGCAUCAGAACAGAGCCAACAGCACAAGUUCCGACCCAGACGCCUGUGUCAACACUGCAGACGAGGUGAAGUCGAUGAGUGACAACUCCGAAGGAACAAAUGACGUUAUACCAGAAAACCCGAUGGAAGAAGAUGAAGAUGAAUUCAUUUUCAUGAAGUCGAGUAAACCAAAUCGUGAAAUGACUAAUAAUGGUGGCCCACCACCUACACAAACUCUCCGCCGUAGGAGUGUUGAUUUGCAGGAAGUUUUGCUAUGUCAAACCCUUAUUGAACAAUUUCCUAAACAAAAUGGCUAUGACGGCGCAGUAAAAAUAGCCGCAAGCGUCAACAAGAAAUUGAUCGAUGAUACCUCGUCAAAAGGCAAAAACUCAGUCGAAAAACAUUUUUCCGCAGUUACGAGCACUGAAGACCACUCAAGUAAAACGGAGGUAAUUCAAGGACAAAAUGGAACUGAGACCUCUAAAUCGCUGGAAAGUAGAGCCCGGGAGAGUACAGGAAAUAAACCUUUGCGCCCGAAUUUGCUAAAACGACACACUGCUCCGGAUGAGACCGCUCUAAAAAUUGAAAGUGCUCUGAGGGUACGUGAAAGUAUGAGACAGUAUUUGAAUUUCAAAGAUGCUGAUCUGUCCGCCUUUGCCGUGGAAUGCGUAAGACAAGCGAACAAAAAGAAACAAAACGUACGGGAGGAGGAGGCGGAAAAGGAAAACAUCAACGAUAAAGCACCUCAGCCCACGAGGAAAAAAGCGAACACAACCGAAUCUAAUGGUUCACCAUCCAUUCUGUCCUCAGGGACUAAACCUACUGUGGUUAUUAGCUCGCAGGACGAAAAUAACCAAACCAGCGAGGCUAAUUUAACCAAAUCUCUCGCUGACUCGCGUGGGUCAUCAUUUGACGAAGGAAGCGCAAAUUCUGAGGCCAGCGAUGACGAACACGGCUCGCGUUACCUUUUCGCUCGUACUGCGGAAGAAGCUGAGUGGUUUGCGAAAGAGUUCGCGCUCUCUAAGGAAAAUGGAGAAAAGGGAAGCUUAGGGCGCUCGUCGAGUAACCCGCAGCAAGGGGCUUCAAAUUCACAGCGUCUUUAUAAAUUCCCUUCAAUGCCAAUGUUUUAUUUGCCAAAAGGAAACGAAGACGCCAAAAAUGGAUCACAAAAGAAAAGCGUGAAAUCUAAUAAGCCGUCAGCUACGCAAAGAAGGUCCAUCGCUUCAUUUCCUUCGGCUUUCGAUUCACUCGAUGGUAGAAAAGACCCAUUCUAUCAUGGACUCGACAGGGCUUCAAAGGCGAAACCAAAGUCAAGGAGCAGUUUGAACUUGCAUGGCAAGGACCAAAACGCCAAUGAAGUCAACAGCACAACGCCACGUGCAAGCAGCAAUGUUGAGUUGCCUGAUAAACACAAGAACCACGUACCAGAGAAAUCUAAAAAGCAAAGAGCUAACAGCAGUGUCCAAUUGAGUGGCAUGAGCAAAGAUACAAACGACAACAAAGCUAGUGGCAGUCUUGAAGUGUCUGAUGAAGACAAAAACCCCAAUGCAAUCAGAAGCACGAAACAAAGAGCAUUCAGUAGCAUCCAACUGAGUAGCCUUGGCAAAGAAUCAUACGACAACAAACGCGCAAGGGCUUACACUUCAAGUUCCCGACUACCGAUGAGAAAACGUAAAAACAGUGAGCCAACUGGGUUGGCUCUGUAUCCUAUGAGUAACAGCGUUCGAGUUGACAUCGAAGCGCUGAUUUAAACUGAUUAGACUUAGUUAUCCAAUUAUGUAAUAUGCAACUACUUUUUUCAUCAAAAACACGAGCGAACUAAACGCGAAAUUUUUACGAAAGGAUGCCUUGCAUGAUCAAAAUUACGAGCGAAUAAACGCGAAAUUUUUACGAAAGCAUGCCUUGCAUGAAAAAAAUUGCUCUACAGAGUGCUUAAUAUUUAAGCCUAAAUGUAAAUGAUGAAUUGGAAAGUUAUGAAGUCUUCAUAUGGAGUAAUGAGAUUAUAAACUAUCUAAAUAUUCGAACAACUUCAUUUUGACAUAAGAAUGUAGGUUCUGUGGCAUCAGUUUACUAGGAAAACACAUUACAUUUUCGCUUGUCAAAGUAUAUCAUUUAAAACAAAUACUAUUUCCAUAUAUAAAAUAGUUUAGAUAUAUAGAUAUAGAUCGAAAAUUUACAUUAAUCCACUUCAUAUUUAUAUUGUAUUUUGAUAUAUAUCUAUAUAAUUAUACAUUGUUUAUGAAUGUCCUUGUUGUAGGGCAAAAAAUUUGAACAUCUCUUUUUUGCAUCAGUUUUGAGUGCUCACUUGGAUGAGCGAAAAUUUUUACUGUUAGUCGUUUUUCACCAACAAAGCUACUCCAAAAGAUUGCCUGUGUUAAUUAAUUCGUUUUGAAAACCCCCUUGCAAUAUUGUUACCAGUGCUUAUCAGAGGUGUCGUAAUAUUUUGAACACUUUUAAAGUAGGGGCUUAUGAAGGAAUAAUUUACUUUCAAUGAAUACCAUUUCCGCGAUUUAUUGACA